UUGACCUUUGUUGCUAAGGCCUCAUCAACAGAGUGGGUUAUGGUGGUUAAAUAUUUGACAGCUUAAAACGCUGUAGUCGGUACCGAAGAAUUCUAUCGUUAUGGCGUCGCAAGUGAAACUGCCAGACAUCCAUAUGCAAGGCAUAUAUGCAGGAAAAUAUAAAGACUGGAGUCCUUCCCUAGCUCCUGCUGGUAAAUUGACAUCAUGUGGUGAUACAGCUAUACAGUGCCUGAAACCAAAGGAUGACAGGCCUCCAUCUCCAGCUGUUAUCAAGAAGUUUAGAGCAACAGUUAGGCCGGAUGCCGGACAGAUGAGAGUCUUUUACGGUAGAGCUAAUGACCCUCACCAACAGUGGGCGGAAAAUAUGACACACGGCAUAAAUACACAGCCAUCAGAUUCUUCAGGGGCCAUCGUAAAUCCUGCAUACAAAACUCUGUUUCAACAGAGGUUAGUGGAUAGGAAAGAGCGGAUAUAUUCCAGCCACCUCAGGGCUCCUCUUGGAACAUCACAUGAUCAGUCAACAGGCCUCCCUAGAGGACUUAACCGUGACACAUUCACUUUUGGUGUUCCUACAGAACUCGAUAUUGGAGCUGGUGGUUUGAUAAAUCCAAACAAGACAUAUGCUGAUGUUGAGAUGGAGUCCGCUGUAGGUCAUGAGCUUUACAGGAAAUCCCACACAGACUUUGAUGUUGGGGAGAGACAUAACCGGAACUACACUGCACCACCCUAUGAUGGGAACUCCAAAUUUGGCAUUCCUACUCCUCAUGAUAACAACGGUCUAAUGGUGAAAACCACAAUGAAAUGGCAACAUGAAACACAGCAGGAGAAAGCCAGUAAAAUUGUUUCCAAAAGGGUAGAUGAUUUUAGGGAGAGAAGUCAGCCACAGCUGGGACAGGUUCAUGAUCCGAUUAAGGACACAUUAAAAGUAGGACCAGAUCAUGCAUUUGGGAUUCUUGUGAAACCAGAUGAGUAUGGAGCUGGGGAUCUGAUGCACCAGCGAGCUCCAGGAGAGUACUUGAGGGGUAAGGACAGACAGAGAGGGGUCCUGGCUGCCAUCAGACAACACCUCAAGAAAGCCAACUAUCACAACUUUGAUGAUUUGGUUCAGGCGUUCCAGUUUUAUGAUAAAGAAAAUAAGGGUAGAAUAGACAUCCAUGAUUUACGAGAAGCUUGCCUACAAUACCACCUCCCAGUGGAGCCAGAGCUGCUAGAACAACUCCUGUACUACUGCGACUCAAACAGAGAUGGUUUCAUUGACUACUUAGAAUUUGCCAAUUUCCUCAACUGGAAAGAUAAAAUGAAGUCUGGUUUACCAGAAAAGACAGAACUAGAAAAAAUGGCAGAAUCAAGGAAAUCAAGUGCUAGAUCUUCAUCUAGAGCAGAAACUACUCUUGAUUUGGCCGACCCAUCAGACCUUCAACCCAAGUCUCCUCAGAGUGCAGAGAGUACCCCUAGAAUUCUCCAGAAGCAGAUUGACAGGGCCAUCGGUGACCACAGAACUCAGAGCAGUAUGAUAAACGCUGUAGUGGGCGGAGUCUCCACUCAAGGUUACAGAACUUAUGGAGUGCCAACCAUCAGGACAGAUUUACGUGCACCGAGAAUAAAGCGAGUUUGUGAUACUAAGAAUUAUGGUGAUGAAUCUGAUGCCUAUGGCUUAGUCAACCCCUCCAUCUUCAGUAGGAGAGGUGUACAGGAAAAAGACUUCCUACUGCCCAGAACAAAAGAAGAGAUUAGGGACAUUUUCACCAGUAUCGGAGUACAGAUGACUGGGGAGAACUUUGAGGAACUGUACAACACGGCCGCUGCGCAGCACCCCAAGGGCCACGUCAGUGUGGAGUCAUUCCGGGGGGUGCUGGACGAGAUUCAGGCACAGAAAAUUGCCACCAAGGAGCACCCUCUAGCUGUGUGACCAGCAUCAGCUAAAAACUCUAUACAAAAAAGAACAAAAUAUUGGGGAGGGGGUUAUAAGGAAAAAUCUUUGAAUCAAAAUAUUCGUAAGAAUGACAGAUUCAUUAAAGAAUUGAAACUAUUAAGUAUCUUCCCUAUGAACAUAAAUAUUAUAUGUACUUGUAUUUCUGUAUGAAGAAACAAUGGGAAGCUGGUAGAGACGUUUUUAAAGAAGGGGGGGGGGGCAUUUUAGUAUGUGCUUAUCAUGUACAUUUGUAUAUUUUGACUUCAUUUCAUAUCACUAGUGAGAAGCUGUGUUAUUGUGAGAUUUUUGGAUGUUUUAAGAUUUACGUGUAUUUAAAGGACUACCUGCUCCUUCUGACCCAGCAUUAUCUGUAGAUAAAAACUAUACAAUAGCCUCCUGUGAUAACUCUCCUAAACCUAGGCACCUUUUUUAAUGCAUUUUCUUACAACUUGUUGUUACCUUUGAUGUUUAUAUCCAAAUAAAAUUUUAUAUAAAUAUCAAAAA